AUGGAUGCAGCUAGAAUCAACGAGACCGCCCGCUUGAACGAACGAUACGUCAAGUUUCGACCAACAGAGCUCCAACGGAUCGCCGGCGAAGCAGUACAACAAGACUAUUGCCCUGAUAUUAAUAAGUUUGCAGAGGGAGGCUUCAACAAAGUGUUUCUUCUGCGAGCAAAGAAUGGCCGUGAAGUGAUCGCGCGAAUUCCGACUCCCCUUGCCGGGCCUCCUCAUUAUACAACCGCUAGUGAGGUGGCUACCAUGAACUUCUUGCGAUCUGUCCUCAAACUUCCGGUACCGGAGGUCUUGGCUUAUUCAACAACAUCGAACAAUCCCAUCGGAGCAGAGUAUAUACUGAUGGAGCGAGUGAAGGGAGAGAGUCUUUCUUCACGGUGGUUAUCUCUCACUACCGACGAGACGAAAGAUAUCAUGACACAAAUCGUAGAUAUGGAAAGGAAGAUUUUUGACUUCCAUUUUCCUGCGUAUGGAAGCUUAUAUCACAAGAAGGACCUCGACGGGGAAACCCAGAUACCAAUCGUGGAGGAUUUCUGUAUCGGCCCUGUGUCUGCUCGGCAGUUUUGGCAUGGCGAACGAAGCGAAACCGAAAUUGACCGCGGACCCUGGCUUUCACCCGAGGACUGUGUUACAUCCGCGGCUCGCCGAGAGAUGGCUAUCAUUCAGCACCACGCCAAAGCUCAGCCUCGCCAAACUUUCCUUUUACCGACUAAUCAUGACAUACUUCCCUCUGAGCACACCUCGUUACUAUCACGAUUCCUACAAUUAGCGCCUCAUAUAAUCCGACCAGGUUCUUACAGCGUUCCGACCCUGAGACACCCCGAUUUGAGCCUGAGUAACAUUUUGUUGGCACCUAGAUCAACCAAAAUCAUCAGUAUCAUCGAUUGGCAGGAUGCUGUGAUAUUCCCCCGCUUCAUGCAAGCGGGUUAUCCCGCAUUCUGUGAGCACGAUUCCUCCCAUCCUCAAAGUAUGCAUAUUCCAUCUCUUCCCGAUGAUUUCGAUGAGAUGGAAAUCGAACAACAGAGACAAUGCAGAGCCGUCUUUCGCUUAGAAGAGGCCAAUCUUUACUACACAGCCGCGAUAGGUGUACACAAUGAGGAACACAUGGAUUUGUUAAGACUUCCUUAUCUCGGAAUACGGCAGUAUCUCCUUCGCCAGACAGGGUAUCCCUGGGAUGCAGACGUAAUUAACUUACGUGCUGCGUUAGUAGGUAUCACGACCCCAUCGGUAUGGAGCAGCAUCUCAUCGGCCGCUUGUCCAGUUGUGUUCAGCGAUGAAGAACGAGAGGCUGCCAUGGUGGAAUCGCAGGAAUGGAAUGAGUCUGAACAGCUAUUGUCCCGGGUUAGAGAACACCUCGAUAUAGAUCUGGAAGGCGGGACCGAACCAGAUAACUUUGAGAGGGCGGUGGAGGGCAAUCGAAAGUUUCGUAUGGAAAUGGUUCGGCAAGCAGAAGUGGACCAGCGCGAGAUAUGUUGGCGAAAUUGGCCGUAUAAGGACGAUGAGGAUGACAGCAUGCCUUCCGGGGAUAUCUAA